AUGGUAGAUAUGACAUUACCUGACCCAGCUCCAGCACCAUAUUAUUAUGACUAUGGAGAUGACGACAGAACACCACAUGUAGAUGAACAAAAGCUAACAUUAUAUUUAGAUUAUUAUAGAUAUAAAAGAUAUAAUGCAAUAGAAAAAACGAGAAUAGUAUAUUAUUAUACAGAUGACAGAAAUAAAUAUUAUAGUCAAGAUUUUACCUACCCUGAAAACAUAAGAUUAUAUUAUAAAAAAUAUUCUGACACAAACCAGAAGAAACCUGAAAUAGUUGCACUAUAUUUUAAGUUCAAAAGAGACAAUCCUAUAUUAUCUCAUAUGUUUGAUUUAAUGAACCCAGUAGGUUCUAUUUAUACAUCUAUGGAUGCAAGAGGUCCUCAAGCGAUGUUUGGUGUUGGUGCAUGGGAACAAAUAGUCGACAAGUUUUUGUAUUGUGCAAACUCUUCAAAGGAAACAGGUGGAAGUAAAACGAUUUCAGGUGAAAAUUUACCUGCACACAGUCACUACAUAGAUUUAAGUACAUCUCAAGCAGGUUGGCAUAAGCAUAGAUAUUGGGAUUGGUCAGGAAUGACAAAAGGUAAAGGAUAUGAUGUUAAAGACGACGUUAAGUUUGCUAUAAAUUGUUACUGGAGUGACACUCAGGGAGAAGGAAACCAUACACAUUUCGUUUCAGGAUAUACACAAACAACGGGACAAAGUAAAGAAUACAUGCCACCUUACAUGACAGUUUACGCAUGGUAUAGAGUUCAAUGA